CCGAAUUUACAAUUAAUCUUAAACCGCUAAGUUUGACUUUAGGGCGAGUUUAACUUUAUUCUUCAUCUUAUCCCUCAUAAGUUGAUCUUAGCUGACGGGAUAUUUAAGGCGGGCCCAAACCCGUAUUAAGGAGCCUAAGUCGAACUUCAGUCGCCAAGAUGGCCGAACGUCAACAAGCCCGUCAGCGCCUAGUGAAGACUUUUCAAGAGCGAAGAGACGUUCUGAAUACUUUGAGUGACGCAGAACUAUUGAAACGCUACAGACUGGAUCGUGCAGGAGUACUGUUCGUAACGGAUUUGGUGAGAGGGGCCCUGCAAAGCCCUACUUCAAGGAGUUUUGCAUUGACACCCGAAAUGAAAGUAAUUAUUACACUGCGUUACUUAGCAACGGGGAAAAUGCAGAUGUGUAACAGUGAUGAUCUUGGUCCAUCACAGUCGUCAGUAAGCAAAGCGAUCACCGAUACCCUCAAGGCACUUACACAACCAGCCAUACUUGUCCAAUUCAUUCGAUUUCCUCGCACCGUCCCUGAAAUCCGAGAGAAACAACAAGAAUUUGUGCAAGUUGCAAACUUCCCUGGCAUUGUUGGUGUAAUAGAUUGCACGCAUGUCAGGAUACUGGCCCCCAGGGAAUAUGAAGCAGACUAUGUCAACAGGAAGAAUUUCCAUAGCAUAAACACACAAUUAGUGUUUGAUGCCAAAUAUAAUAUUCUUAAUGUUGUAGCUAAUUGGCCUGGGUCCACUCAUGAUGCUCGUAUUUGGCGUGAGAGUGGCCUCAAACGCAUGUUUGAGGAUCAUCGUAUACCACCGGAUUCAUGUCAUCUAUUAGGGGACAGUGGCUACCCUUGCAGACGGUAUCUGUUGACUCCCUUCCCUCGGCCACAGACUGACAGCCAGGCAGCAUACAACAGGGCACACAAGAAAACCCGGAGUAUUGUGGAACGAGGAAUAGGCCAACUGAAACGUCGGUUCCAUGUCCUCCAUGGUGAAGUCCGGCUCAACCCUGAAAAAACCUGCCAAGUGAUCCUUGCCUGUGCUCUGCUUCACAACAUAUGCAAGAAGAGGAAUAUUCAGCUGCCAGAUGAAAAUGUCGCAGAUGCGGAUGACAAUAUGGAGGUUGAAGAUGAACAUCAAGAAGUGCAGUUGCCACAGGAUGCAGCAAAUGGAACACGUUUCAGGGAGGUAUUCUGCAACCACCAUUUCCAGUAA